ACUGAACGUAAACGUGCAAGAGAGGUUAGUCCCGACCCGGCCUCGACCCCUCCUUCAGAAACCCCUCCUUUGCUAUCGCCUCCUAGAGCAGGAGACCGGGAAAAUAUCGAUUCUGAGGAUUAUGGCCUCUUAGAAGAGGAAAUAAUUAAAGACGAUGUUUCCGAAGAAGAAAUGGACUCUGAGGAUUAUCAGCCAAAUCCCCUGCUUGAUGCUUAUGAUACAGAAGAUCUAGACGAUGAUUUCCAUGAGCCUAUGUCCUUUGACGCUCGCAGACGCGUUGAAAUGGUUAUGGAUCAAUUAGAUCAAAUGGGUACUCAAGGGGAGCAAUUAUACGAUUUGAUAACUCCUUACUUACUUGGUUCCUUUACAACAGAGGAUGCAUUCACUAAGCCAAGAAACAAACGUCGUCGUCGACGUGUUCAUAAUGAAUUUCAGGAAAUGGAAAAUAAAUUAGUGGUGGAAGAGGAGUACAUGGAUCUUGAAGAGAUAUCAACUAUAAAGGCCCCGUCUAUAAUUGAGUGGAUCAAGAUACCAGCCGUAAGAAGCGGUAUUUAUCAACAAUUUAGCAAUUUUUUAAGAACUUAUGUAGAAAAUGGAAAAUCUAUAUACGGACCUCGUAUUGAAGAACUUACAAAAGAUCAACUUCAAAGUUUGAAAGUAAAUUAUAAUCAUUUAAAAAAGAGCAAAGAAAUUUUGGCACUCUUCCUUAAAGAAUCUCCUAAUGAGAUGUUAAAUAUUUUUGAUGAAUCUGCAUAUGACUUUAUUGUGGAAAUUCAUCGUGGAUAUAAAAAACUUGGCAAAGAAGUACAUGUGCGCAUAACUGACUUUCCCGUUAUUCACAAUAUCAGAGAAUUAAGGCGAACCGGAGUGUUUCCUCAGCUUAAAUAUGUUAAAUAUAACUGCGUCAAGUGUGGAGGCCUUCUUGGGCCAUACACUCAAGAUAUUCAGAAUGAGAUAAAAUUGAAUCAUUGCAUCCAUUGCCAGUCCAAGGGUCCUUUUAUUCUAAAUACUGAACAGACUGUAUACAGUGAUUAUCAAAAAAUAACGCUUCAAGAAAGCCCUGGUACGGUACCAGCAGGACGUCUACCUCGGCACCGUGAGGUCAUUUUACUUGGAGAGCUGAUCGACUCAGCAAAACCUGGUGAAGAAAUUGAAGUCACUGGUGUUUAUAGAAAUAAUUUUGAUGUAUCAUUAAAUAUAAAAAACGGAUUUCCGGUGUUUGCAACCGUCAUAGAGGCAAAUUAUAUUAGUAAGAAGGAAGAUUUAUUUGCUAGUUAUCAAUUAACCGAAGACGAUAAAAGAAUAAUCCAAGAUUUAGCUGCGGAUGACAAAAUUAGUCGGAAAUUUUUAAAAUACGUAGAAAAAACUGCCCAUCGAGCUGUUUUUACCACGGGACAAGGAGCGUCUGCAGUUGGUCUCACUGCGUCUGUUAGAAAAGACCCAAUCACAAGAGAAUGGACCUUAGAAGCAGGUGCCUUGGUUCUUGCUGAUAAGGGUGUCUGCUUAAUCGACGAGUUUGAUAAAAUGAAUGAUGCUGACAGUAUUCAUGAAGCUAUGGAGCAACAGACUAUUUCUAUUUCUAAAGCUGGGAUAAACGCAUCGCUCAACGCGAGAUGCGCAGUCAUUGCUGCGGCAAAUCCUAUAAGGGGUCGAUACAACACAUCUAUACCAUUUUCACAAAACGUAGAUUUAACGGAACCUAUUCUGUCCCGUUUCGAUGUUCUUUGUGUUGUCAAAGAUACCGUCGAUCCAAUUACGGAUGAAACGCUUGCAAAUUUUGUGGUCGACAGUCACAUCCGUAGUCAUCCAAGUGAACAAAACAGUGUAGAUAAUUUAGCUCCACAAGACCCAAACAGGUCUGUACAAUAUUGUGGACUGUUUACUCGUAUGCGUUUCAUUGAAUUAAUGUAUUACAUUAUUUUGUUGCAGGCCCAGACGGGUGGUAUUCCAAUAACGGUUCGUUAUCUAGAAUCAAUGUUGCGGUUGGCUGAAGCACAUGCUAG